AUGAUGUCAGCAUCGCCUAUCCAAGGUCACCAGAUCCCUCCUGGUAUGGUUAGUGCACAAAAAGUUCCUCCUGGGGCUCCCCACCAGGUGAUGCGAGCCAAUUUCCCUCAAGGCGUGAAUAAUCAAAUGGCCCCGUUCCAGUUACAGAUGGCUAUGCAGCAACAACAACAACAGCAGCAACAGCAGCAGCAGCAGCAGCAGCAGCAACAACAACAGGGCCCAGUAACUAGUCAGGGCCCUUUUCCUGGCGUGAAUAAUGGGUCUGCCAGUGGUCCUGGAGCUGGUCCUGGUCCUAGUUCUGGCAUUGGACCUAGUGGUUCGGGUACAGGCACGGGUCUUGGUCCUCCUAAUUCUAAUGGAUCGGGUCAAAUUCCAGGACCAGGUCCAGGUCCACAACAACAGUUUGCAGCAGCUCAUGUGAAUAACGCUGCAGUGGCCGCAGCAGCUGCUCAUAACUCACCCAUACCAGGACAUUUGAAUCCAGGGUCAGGUGGUUCUGGACCUCCAACAACUGGAGUCGGAGCUCCCGGUGUCCCAGGUAAUAAUUUACAAGCACAAAUAGCACAGCAACAAAUGCAAGCCCAAUUUUUGGCACUACAACGACAGCAAGCGCAACAAGCAGCAGCUGCUGCUGCCCAAGGAGCUGGUGGUGAACACCAGAUCCCUGUAAAUUUACAACAACAAGCAUUACAAAGACAACAACAACAACAGCAACAGCAACAACAACAACAACAAUUUCAGCUGCGACAGCUGGCACAAGCCCAAGCCCAAGCUCAAGCUCAAGCACAGGCCCAAGCACAGGCCCAAGCUCAGGCACAAGCUCAGGCUCAGGCUCAGGCUCAAGCACAAGCUCAGGCUCAAGCACAGGCACAAGCCCAAGCUCAAGCCCAAGCUCAUGGACAAACCCCAUUACCUACAGGAACCAACACACCAGCAGCAUCAGUAGGAGCUCGAGGGAGCCCCCAAACAUCCAAUUUACCCUCUCAACAGGCAGCAGCAGCCGCUGCACUCCAUCAGCGAGCAGUUCAGACUGCAGCACUUCAUAGUCAACAACAGCAUCAACAAAGUAUACAAAACCCCCAAAAUCAGGCUAAUCCAGCCAAUCCUCAAAACCAACCAACUCCUCAAAAUGCCCAAAAUACACCGAAUCCACAAUCAUCACAGUCGGGACAGGCCACUCCUGCUCCACAAACCGCCAAUCCUUCUAUACCGUCAACUCCGGGCACUAUUCCAGCUGGGGUGUCUGUAGCAGACUGGAACGCUUCGUUAGUAGCAGCUGCAGCCGCUGCUAAUAGCACUGCCAAGCCUGUGGCAGGAAGUGCAGUGAUUCGGUUAUUACAUUUUGCAGAACUAGUAGGGUCAGUUGGAGACCAGACACAUGAUAUCGAGUUUUGGCGGCGAUUGGUGGCGGAAUUUUUUUCUGAAAAUGCCAUGCUUAAAUUGUCAUUAAGCACGGGAAAGGAAACAAAGCAUUUUGAUGUACCAUAUCAGAUAAUCCCUAGAUUUUUCCACACUUUUAUCCAGUCUGGAGUGCGUCGUAUUCAAGUAAAUCUAGAAAACCCUCGUGAAUACUUCAGUAGCAACAGUGACCAUUUUGUCGACUGUUCAAGGUGCUCCAUAUGUUACUGGUUUGAGGAUGGCACCCUGGUUACUUGCAGAUGUCCGACUAGGAUCUUAUUAAAUCCAGCACUUAAAAUAGAAUGGUUAGAACAGCAAAAUCUCGAACAUUCAGAGUUCAUCAAUCGCCAGGCUCUCAUGACGUCGUUUACCAACCCUGGUCCUGGUAGUAGCCAAGGAGAUGCCCGGUUUGUCAAGCUAGCGCCUACAAAGGUCACUCCAUUUGGUGUAACCAGCUCAGUCGUUCGAUUUUUGGAAGUUUCAGAAACAAUUUCUCAUAUGCGUGACCUAAUGAGCUUUUCGGUUCAACCACAGGCUGGCGGUCCCUUAAAAGCUCUGGAGGCAUUGGCUAGAGCGUUGCAAAGUAGAGAUGCAUCUAACCCAGCUGCUCAGGUUCAAGCCCAGGCUCAAGCUCGUGUACAACAAGCCCAGGCUCAAGCACAAGCCCAAGCCCAGGCACAGGCACAAGCACAGGUUCAAGCUCAAGCGCAAGCUCAAGCUCAUGCUCGAGCUCAGGCAGCAGCAGCAGCUGCUGCUGGCGGGGCUGCUCAAAAUCUAAUCAAUGGAGGAAAGUUACCUUUUAAUGGUGGCCCCAUGAUGAUACCAAAUGGAGCUAAUACGGCAACUGGCGAUAUGAAUGCCCCUCAAGGUUCAAUGUCACCACAUACUUUUGUACCUCCAGGGACACCCAUUCCCGGCCCUAAUGCAACUCCUACGAUGUCUGCUAAGAACCCUCCUCGACCUGUAGCCAGCCCUCGUGCAGCUAAGAGACGGAGACCUAGUGCUGUUAAAGGCGAAGCGGAGUCACCUGCUCUCAAGCAAAGUCCAACGUCACGGAAAAAGUAG